GAUGACUUCACUGAAAUGGAAAAGAAGGUGGACACCACCAGUAGGGCGGUGAUGGACAUUAUGACCAAGACCACAGAGUAUCUGCAGCCCAACCCAGCCUCCAGAGCCAAGAUGACCAUGAUCAACUCCAUGUCUAAGAUGCGUGGCCAGGAGAAGGGUCUGGGCUACAUCCAGACCGAGACCGUCCUGGGAGAGUCCAUGCAGAAGUUUGGCAGGGAGCUCGGGGAAGAGUCCAACUUUGGCCUGGCUCUGAUCGAUGCUGGGGAGUCCAUGCGUGAGCUGGGGGAGGUGAAGGAUGCUCUAGACAUGGAGGUCAAGCAGAACUUCCUGGACCCGCUGCAGACCCUCCACGACAAAGACCUCAAGGAGAUUGCGCAUCACCUGAAGAAACUGGAAGGCCGCCGUCUGGACUUCGACUACAAGAAGAAGCGUCAGGGCAAGGUGACGGACGACGAGAUCAAACAGGCUCUGGAGAAGUUUGACGAUACCAAGGAGAUCGCUGAGCUCAGCAUGUUCAACCUGUUGGAGAGUGAUAUUGAACAGGUGAGCCAGCUAGCCGCACUGGUCCAAGCCCAGGUGGAGUACCAUCGUCAGUGUGCUGAGAUCCUCACCCAGCUGCAGUCCAAGAUGGAGGACCGGAUAAGGGAUUCCUCCAACAAGCCCAAGAAAGAGUUCAUACCUAAGCCGCGUCAGUCCUUGGACCUCUCUAGUGAAAACCACAAUGGAGCCAUCCAAGGAUCCAGCUGCUGCACCCCAGGAAGAGUAGCUGCUGCCUCCUCUUUCUUUCUCUCUCUCUCACCAUCUCUCCAUCCAUCACUCUCUCUCCCUCUCGCUCUCUCUCUCUCUCGCAUUCCAGCUCCCCUAGACCAGCCAUCCUGCAGGGCGCUGUAUGACUUCGACCCUGAGAACGAGGGCGAGCUGGGCUUCAAGGAGGGGGACAUCAUCACUCUCACCAACAAGAUCGACGACAACUGGUACGAGGGUAUGAUCCACGGCAGCUCUGGAUUUUUCCCCGUCAACUACGUGGAUAUCCUGGUGCCCCUGCCCUAAAGUCGUUGCCACGGCAACGGCGAAUCAGCAACAGCAGUUUUCCCAGGCGACAAAUCCUAAUCCUUGCAUCCCCAGCUCCCGCCACCCCCAAACAUUCCCGGAAACCCACCCUUUCACUCCGCUAAAAAGGAGAUCUAACUACAAUGAAGAUAUGAUGACGAAAUCGUCUGUGGCGUGAUCAACAACAGCAUGGUGUCACACCAACGAGUGCUAACGAAACAGACUUGAAAAAAAAAUAUGGAAAAAUAAGCAAUGAUGCCGUUUUGAAUGCCAUCGUGGACAUUUACCAUCAAACCAAUAAAAUG